UGGUUAGAUUUCCUCUAAUCUCUAAACUAUAGAUGUUAAUUUUACUCUUAAUUUAUACCAUUUGAUUUGAUUUGACAUAAAAGGUUUUGAAAAUGUUGUAGCUUUCUGAAAAUCUUUAUAGUGAUGUAAAUGAAAGAAAGAACUACUUAAACUAAACUUCUUUUGUGUAUGCUUAAGAUGUUUCAUGUGAUUAUGACAUAGGAACACAUUUUUAAUCACUCAAAAAAUUUAAUUACUAUUAGAAUAGAGUCUUGAAUGUUUAACAUUUUUUCAAAUGGCAAAAAGUGAUUUAAAUCAUUUUACAAUUACUUCCAAACAUGUCAUUAGAUUAAUGAGUUUCACUCAUGAAAAAUCGUUUAAUUCUUCAUGAAUAUUCCCUCAACCAUUCAAUAAAAUUUAAAAAGAAAUUAUUAAUUAACUUAGUUUAAGAUAAAUACUUUUAGGUUAACUCGUUGAAGAAAAAAAAGACUUUUGGUUGGAGCUCAACUACCGAGUACAAGAGAUUUCUGUUCAAAUCCUCCACCCAAAGUUGUAUUUCAAGUCAUUCUCAACAACAAAAAAAAAAUAAUAACAAACUUUUAUUAAAAUUACCAAAAAGCUCCAAAAUUCAUCUAACCUCACUUCCAUUACCUUCUUAGCGUCAUCUGGUGACCAUCGCCGGCGACUCCCAAGAAUCCACGAGAAGACAACCAUUAGUUUAUAGUAAUGUUGAUCCUCCCAAGCAAGAAAAGGACAGAAAAUAGAUUUUCAAAAUUACAUAGCGACGGCUCAAUCGUCUUCGACCAUUCAAUUCCCACACCCUCUCUCUAACUACAAGACCCCCACCCCCACCUCCAUCAUGAAUUCUCAAAUCCAUUUCCAUGGCGGCCACAGCAUUCCUCUUCUCCCCAUUUUCUUCUCUUUUCCUCUUAUCUCUUUCUUCCCUAACCUUCCUUUCCAUUCUUCUCCUCGUUUCCGGCGAAUUCCUCGGCCACCCUUUACGAUACUCCAAAUUCUGGACCCCUAAUUCCAAACCCCACCUUCCUUCACGUUCCGCCAUGCUUCUCUGUUACCUCCCUGCUUUCUCCCUCUUCCUCGUCCCUCACCAUUUCCUUCUCUCCUCCAGAAUCUUCCUCAUCAUUUCCCUCCUCCUUUUCCAUUUCUUCAAACGCAUCUCCGAGGUCCUGUUCGUUCACAAAUACAGCAACAAAAUGGCUCUCACCGACGCCAUUAUGACCUCCCUUUCUUACCUUCUCUUCUCCGGCACCACGAUCUACGCUCAGAUUGUUGCCCUGGAUCUGGCGGAGCCGGAAAUUGAUCUGAAGGCGGCGGGAUUGGCGAUGUAUGGGAUUGGAAUUACAGGUAAUUUCUAUCACCAUGUUUUACUGUCGAGAUUGAGAAGUGGAGGCGAUCGAGAGUAUAAGAUUCCGAAGGGAGGGUUGUUUAAAGUGAUUGUGUGUCCUCAUUAUCUGUUUGAGAUAGUGGAGUUCUUGGGAAUUGCAUUUGUUUCACAGACGUUGUUCGUGGUGGUGUUCGUGGUGGGAUCGGCGUUGUUCUUGAUCGGAAGAAGCUAUGCUACAAGGAAGUGGUACCUUUCUAAAUUUGAAGACUUUCCUUCCCAUAUUAAGGCUAUUCUCCCCUUUGUGUUUUGAAAUUCUUCAAUUCGAUUCUUGGAAAUUUGGAAUACAACAGUUCAUGCGAGAUAACGGAUUCAAAUCUCCAAUUUUCUUUGUUUA